AUGAAGUCCGCGGCGAGCUCGCGCGGGGGCGGCGGCUGGGGCGGGGGGCGAGGCGGCGGCGACGGCGGCGGCGCGGGGGGCAGGGGCGGCUUCGGGGCGCGCACGCGCGGCGGCUUCAGCGGGGGCGGCCGGGGCCGGGGCCGCGGGGGCGGCGGCGGAGACGGCAGGGACCGCGGCGGUGGCGGGCCGCGGCGUGGCGGCGUGGCCAAGAGCAGGAGCCGCCGCAGGAAGGGCGUCACCGCGGUGUCGGUGGAGCCGCACCGGCACGAGGGCGUCUUCAUCUACCGCGGGGCGGAGGACGCGCUGGUCACGCUGAACAUGGUGCCCGGCCAGUCGGUGUACGGCGAGCGGCGCGUCACGGUGACCGAGAGCGGCGUCAAGCAGGAGUAUCGCACGUGGAACCCGUUCCGCUCCAAGCUGGCCGCGGCCAUCCUGGGCGGGGUGGACCAGAUCCACAUCAAGCCCAAGUCCAAGGUGCUGUACCUGGGCGCCGCCUCUGGGACCACUGUCUCCCACGUCUCCGACAUCAUCGGCCCGGACGGCCUGGUGUACGCCGUCGAGUUCUCCCACCGCGCUGGCCGCGAUCUGGUCAACGUGGCCAAGAAGCGAACCAACAUCAUCCCUGUCCUGGAAGAUGCCCGGCACCCGCUCAAGUACCGCAUGCUCAUCGGGAUGGUGGACGUGAUCUUCGCCGACGUGGCCCAGCCCGACCAGUCCCGCAUAGUGGCUCUGAACGCCCACACCUUCCUGCGCAACGGCGGCCACUUUCUCAUUUCCAUCAAGGCCAACUGCAUCGACUCUACUGCGUCCGCCGAGGCUGUGUUUGCUUCUGAGGUGAGGAAGUUGCAGCAGGAGAACUUGAAGCCUCAAGAGCAGCUGACCCUGGAGCCCUAUGAGAGGGACCACGCUGUGGUCGUCGGGGUCUACCGACCCCUGCCCAAGAGCAGCAGCAAGUAG